AUCUUCCGAGCAAACGAGACAAACUCUAUUUUCACUUGGACCGGCUCUGCACCAAUAGGAGAGCAUCUUCUCGGGAGCUCGCAUUACCCCAACUUACCCCUCACCCAGACGUCGCUUCAAAGUUCAAACACUCGCCGUGUUUUCAAUUCCGCGAUGGAAUUCUGAUUCAUGAAUCUAUUGAGAUAGCGAUUAGCUCGGUAGAAUGCGCUCCUUGAUCCUUCCGGUUGGCAUCAGCCUCCUCUCCUGCGCCGCAUCCUACACGAUUCCCUCUUCCCCGCAGCAGAUUCUGGGCACGACCAACUCGAAGACAGCCAAAGAAAUAUGCCCUUUGCCCUCGAAAGUACUCCUCGGUGACGAAAAACUUCUCUCAUCUCUUCGUUACCUUCAAGAUGAAAAGAUACUUCACCGUCAGGUUACCAGACUUUCUAAGGCUGUUCAAAUUCCGACCACAAUCACGGAUUCCAUGAAGGACCCUUACGACGAAUCGUUCGCCUCGUUUGUCGACUUUCAUAAGCUUCUCGCCGAGUUGUUUCCUCUCAUCCACUCCAAAGCCGAGAUUGAACGCAUCAACCGCCUCGGCCUGAUCAUCACACUCAAUGCUCCCCAUGCAAAAAAAGACCAAAAUAAAAAGCCGCUCCUCUUUACCGCGCAUCAAGACACUGUUCCCAUUAGUGAUGCCUCAGACUGGACUCACCCUCCCUUUUCGGGUCAUUUCGAUGGCGAAUUUCUUUGGGGCAGAGGCAGCAGCGACUGCAAGAAUGGAUUGAUUGGCCUUCUCUCCGUCGUUGAAGACCUCUUAGAGCAGGACUGGACUCCUUCCCGACCCGUAGUCCUAGCAUUUGGAUUUGAUGAAGAAGCCCAGGGGUCCCUUGGUGCCCGGAGCUUUGCGCCUAUCUUGGAGGACAGAUACGGCAAGGAUGGGUUCGAGUUUAUCCUCGACGAGGGCGGCAUGGGCCUCUCAACUCUCGGGUCAUACUCAUCCCACUCCGUCUUCAAGGAGGAGGAUAAUGUAAUAUAUGCCCUUCCAGACAUUAGCGAAAAGGGAGCCAUCGACCUUCUCCUCACCCUAUCCGUUCCCGGCGGCCACAGCUCGAUCCCACCAAAGCACACUGGGAUCGGAAUCAUGUCCGAGAUUAUAUACAGCCUCGAAAACACCGAGCUGGACCUAUUCACCCCUAGCUUAGGGCUCGAGCAUCCCUCUCGACGAAAGCUUGAAUGCCAGGUUCGUCAUUCCCCACAGUACGUCGAAGACUGGCUUUCCUCGGCACUGGACUCGAACGACCAUGCCGCAGCCGCCGAAGCGAUUGCCGAAUCUCGUGGGCCAGAGAUACGCUUCACGCUCCAGACAUCGCAGGCGGCAGAUAUCUUCCACGGAGGCGUAAAGAGCAACGCCCUCCCCGAGAAGAUCCAAGCGCUGGUCAACUACCGCGUAGGGCUACAUCAGACACCGGAGAUGGUGCAGGAACGCGCGGAGCGAAUCAUCGCACCGAUCGUAGAGAAACACAAUCUGUCCUGGUCGAAAUUCUCAGACAGCAUCGAUGAUCCAGUCGACAUUGAUGCGAGCACAAGUGGCCAUCUCGCGCUCUCAAAGCCGAACACUCCCCUCAACCCUGCCCCUGUGAGUCCCACCGAUAUCGAGACCAACCCGGUUUGGGCACGGUUUGCGGGCGUCACCCGCUCCGUUUUCGAAUCCGUCCCGAGUCUAGAAGGCAAAACGGUCGUUGUGAGUGGGGAUAUCAUGACUGGGAACACUGAUACCAGGUUCUAUUGGAAUCUCUCACGCAACAUCUAUCGCUGGAGUCCUGCGCGUGAGGGACGUGCACUGAACAUCCACACUGUGGACGAGAGAAUCGGCAUUGAUGCCCAUCUAGAGGGGAUGAUGCUCUACUAUGAUCUCAUUCGGGCGUUUGAUCAAUGGGACGGUGCCGUAGAUGAGGUUAUCGAGCGCAACGAUAUAUAAAUAGAUAGCGGCUUCAACCAUAAAGUGACGUAUAGUUACCUACCCCCUCUUUCACCUCGGCGUAGAGCUGCCUCAAAAGGAGCAAGUCUAUAUAUCCUAUCUAUUUUAGCAGCAUUGGUCCGAUUGAGAAGGGCGAUAGGUCAUUUGCACUUGCACUGCACUAGGAAAUAGCAUAAAUCGGGAAGGUAAGGCCUGCAUUGUACUUGCCUCAUGGGAAGCUCUGUAGCUUAGGAAGGUACGAUGGGGCGUCGUCGUCCAAGCCUGGAAGGAGCGACCGGGGUCGUGGAUCGUGCCUGCCGCAUGUGUGACAAACUCGCGGAACGAAGGAACGAGAUGCCUGU